UAAGUAUUCUUGUAAAACGUGAUUAUAAGCCGAUAGGGUUAAGCUAUUAUUAUGUCUAAUCUUUUCAACGAAGUAUAUUCGAGUUAAUACAGUUUCCGUAGUAUUGAGGACAUAUCAGAACCUUGUACUAUUACAAGGCGUUUCUGAGCAGUUGUUUGAUGAGGUGGGCGUGGCCUUGGUGGUUAGUGUGCCCAGACAGUGAAUCCGAGGGUUCAUAGCUCGUUAUAUUAACCGCCGAAACUCGCUCUUCAUGAGUGUGCUCUAAGUGAAAGUCAAACCCCGCUAUUCGAUCGGGCCAGAGCAGCCCAAGAGUUGAUAGUGAGCGUUGUUGACUAGCUUGCCUUCCCUCUCCAUGUUACAUGCGCAGAGUCAUACUCUUGUAUGACUUUGUUGACAAAUUCUGAAACACCACGAAGACUUGAUAAUGGGGUGAUUGGACAACGAAAAGAUCCCGUAUCACUGGUUAAAAAAAUACUCAUUGUCAAACUGCUAUAAUUUCAUCUGAAACACCACGAAAACUUGAUAAUGGGGUGAUUGGACAACGAAAAGAUCCCGUAUCACUGGUUAAAAAAAUACUCAUUGUCAAACUGCUAUAACUUCACAGAAGUCUUACCGUACGAUUUCUUUUCUCUUCUGUACGUUCAGCCGUGUAUAACUCCGGCGGAUGCCGUCGGUCACUUCGCCGCUCUUCCGUGAAGACUGUAUAUCACGGGUUUCAAUGUGUUAGUGCGUGAUACGAUGCAGAAGUGUAGCACUUGGAGUCGCUCGGGUUCGCAUUGAUUGAUCGAUAAGGAGUAAGAUGGCAGCCAUGGCUAAGCCGAAAUACUUAGACUAAGAUUUUACCAUUGGAAGAUGUUACUGAACAGGAAUUCUAAGGUGGACUGGAUAGUGUCCGAGUGUCCGGCUCACAGUGUCUAGUGCUGGUAGCCCAUCUCAGAAGACAACUUACAGAGAAAAUGGAUAAGAUAUUAGACAAGAAUGGAGUCAUCUGUAUUCCUGGUCAAACUUCCAAACUUCUGAAGACCAAGAGUCUGAUACCAAAACCGAUAACCACACUUACCAAGAAUAUUUGUGGGUCAUGGCCAGGCUCUUCAGACUCAUGGCCACGUAGUGGCCAUAUAGAGGGAUUUUCUAGACUCCAAAGUGAUCGAAUUAGAUUAAUUGGUCAGAGGGUACGUAUUGGAGGAGUGAAAGAAGGUACUGUCAGGUACCUAGGGCUGGUCCAGUUUGCCGAGGGAUGUUGGUGUGGGGUGGAACUGGACGAACCAGUCGGUAAGAACGACGGAUCUGUGCAGGGAAUUAGAUACUUCACCUGUGGACAACGGUUUGGAAUCUUUGCUCCUAUCCGGAAGGUAGAAACAGUGUUCUCACUCAAAGAAGAUUUAGUCGAUAAGAACACGACCGCAAUAGAUAACUUGAAAUCGCUGCCUCUAACUGAGAAACAGUUGAGUAGAUCUAGAUUUCCACUGAUUAACCAAACGUCUAAUUAUUACUCACGUUCAUGGUCGGAAAUACAGCAUAAAAGUACCAGUUCUUUCCAACUGAAUAAUAGCUUUUUAGUAAUGACGCAACAUGUUUCGUCUAAUGAAAAUAUUUCUAAGUCAUUUGAAAUUAAAUCUAGUCAUUUCAACGAAGAGUUCGCACCACCCCCGAUACAUCACAGGGACAAAAAUCCACGUGAUUUAGAAGAUCGAACGGGAUUGGGCAGUAGUGAAUCCCUUGUAUUUAACAACAUUGAACAAGGCAACAAUGACCAAGAGCAACGUCAGAAUGUAUCUUCUUCUUCUUCCUCUUCAGGGGAUGAGUGCAAGGAUGUUAAUAAAGCACUCCUUAUACUGCCAUUAGAGAAACAUAAAGAUGAAAUGGAUUAUUUCUCUUGUGGUUGUAAUGCACAACCUUCCUUGCUGUCAAACAACCAUCAGAUGUUUGACUCAGAAACAUUCGAAGGUGAUGAUGAUGAUGAUUCCAAGCAGGACCUCUCACUUGAUGAUCUUCAGCAGCAACGAAUGACCUUUGACCUUGGAGGGUUGUUGAAAAACGAGAACGAUUUUGAUGGAGGGUUCUGGGCUGACCAGGAAGACAGUUUGGGAAUUUUAAGUCCUAACCAGAUGAUGGACUUUACUGAACAACACUCGUCACUGGUUUCUGACUUAGACGCUGUUUCGCUACCUAAGACCUUCUCUUUUGACGAAGUAAAUGAAUUGCCCGAUUCUGAAAUAGUUGAAGAUGUCGCAUACGAGCGUAACGUAGUUUCUCAAGAGAUUCACCAGGCUUCCUCGCCAUCUCUUUACCAUAAAAGUAGUCCCAUUCAGAGAUUACAGGAAGAUUCUACUUCCUCCUAUGUUGGACCAUAUUCUAAUAAUCAAAUUUACGAAUUCCAUCUAGCUUCCUCACCAUGUGGGGCAAAUUCUAGUAGUCCAGUUCAGGAAACCUACCAAGAUUUAGCUUCCUAUGACCCCCAGUCUGUUGUUCAUCAAGUUUCUUUCCAUGGUGACCAUCCCGCCAACAAUAUUUUGAAAGACAACGAAAUGGAUUAUUUAAUGUAUGAGCUUCGAGCCGCAGAUUCGGAUCCCAGCUUUAAUCCAGAAGUCGGCGUUGAUGAUGUGUCUUCUUCUUCGAACACAUGGACAACAAUUAUUUGGGAGAAACCCCAUGGUGACUUUUCAGAAAGGGCACACAACAGUCCUCUAAGGUCUAUUGCCCAUGGUAAAGAUAAGAGCAAUUCGAAUGUUAAACGCGGUAAUGAGAAAGAGGCUCCAUUUGAUGAAUUAGUGAAAGAGUCUACUCUUUCGAUAUCGGGAAAUGGUUCAACUACGCAAAACAACGUAGAGGUUAAUGACAGUUUCUUUGGGGAAAAGAAACAUGAAAUGUUACCAGGAGGCAGUGAAAUAAGAAAUGAUGAUACAAAUUGCUCUGUUGGUUUAUCGAAACACAUGGAUUUCCUAGUAGGUAUUAAUACAGAGACGUCAGAGGAGUCGUUUCCUCUUAUCAACUUCCAUUAUAAUUCGAUAAAAACACUGAGGAAAGAACAGCAAGACAAAGAAGUAAUUUCGAAUAAUAAUGACGUUAAGGAUGUAUGUUGGGUGAAUUAUGAUAGGUUCCCGAGUAAAGCCACAAAUUCAAACUCUCACGAAGAUGGCGAGUUUGAAAGUGAAGAAAGUGGGCAAGGAACUCUAGUUUCUUCUGGAGAAGAAGGGUGCAUGAAAUUUUCGACUUACAGUCAGGACAGUGGAGUAGCUUCUGACGGACACGAGUCUGAGCGACAUUUAAAGGCAGGAAGCAUGACUGAUUCUGACCUUUUCACAGAUGGUGGUCUUGGAACGUCGUUGGCCGAGUCAGAAAGUGAACAGUCAGAUGUGCGGCCGUAUAGACAGGAUAACAAAGAUUUUUAUAAACUUACAGAAGACGAUGUUUGUCCAGAACAUCAUAAGAUCAAGAACCGCAUUGAAGAUGAAGUCAAUUGUCAACAAAACGUUACUGUGCCUUUUACAGAAAAAAGUGAUGUCAAAUGGGAAGUAAAGUUAACAAUAGUUCCCGAAGAAAAUAUACCAAACUGCAACUAUUACUGUGUGACCUUAUCAAAGGAAGGAAUAACAAAUAGGAGUGGAACUGACAACGUUCCGAAGAAGGAGAUUCUUGACUUAUCUGAAGACAUUACAAGUAGUCCAUUGCCUGAAGUCAGGGUCAACAAAUCAACUGAAAUCUCACAACCAGUACUGCACGAAAAUGAAAAUUCUUCUGAUAGAGUAGGUCAGAUUUAUAGCAAAGAAACCAAAGAUACCGAGAAUAGAACGCCUACUAAGCUUUACAAAUCUAAGAAAGAGGUAGAUAUAUUGUCGACUGUGAGUGACACAGCCACUGUCAUUUCAAGCAAUGAAAAGAAACCAAAACAUCUUCGGAAAAAUGUGAAGAGUAAAGUCAAGGAAAUAUUUGUAACAUCAACGGAAAGCCAAGGAACGAGAGACAGGAGUGAAGAAAGAAAGAAGCUGCCACGGACGUCGAAAAAAAAUAAGUGGGAUGCUGUUACUGCUAAGAUUGCAGCAAGUAUGGACGAAGAUAAAUUGAAGACAAAAAAGAAAGAAAUAAAAAGUAAAAUUAAUACAAAUCUAAAGUCUGUUCGUCAAGGAGCUUCAACUAAAUCAUCUAGAACAAUUUCUGAAUGUACAACAAACUCGAUUAAUGAGGAAAAGCCUAAUCAAACCCACCACUCUGCAAAAGCUAAGGAAAAUGAUAGUGUUGUAGUAGAAAUGUCUAAGGACAUUUUCUCUAAAACAUCUGAAACCACCUGUGAGGACCUGUGGACAGUUGUACAAACUGCAGGACGUCAUGACAAUGAAGUCCACCAUGUUAGCAGUACCAGAUAUCAAGUUUCUCCGACAGCAUCGCCAUCUAGUGAUAUAUCUUCGACUUCUUUUGUUUUUCUUACACCAGCUCAAGUAAAUUCAGAGAAACCAAAUAAAGUUGUAAAUACUACAAAUUCAGGCUCUACAACCAAAGCGACUACUGCUCUGAGAAGUAAUUCAACUAUACUGAGCAGAAGUUCAAAAACUCAUGGACAGAUGGCAACAUCAACAAAAGGUUCUUCACGAAUCUGCUAA